AUGGAAAACGAAGAACUUCAGCAGAUAAUGCAUGUGCUCAACUCGCUGGUGUCUUGGGUGGCGGCCGGGGCAAUGAUGUUCGGUGGAGUGGUUCCAUAUAUUCCCCAGUACCGAGACAUCCGGCGAACACAGAAUGCUGAGGGCUUCUCCACCUACGUGUGCUUGGUUCUGCUGGUUGCCAACAUUCUUCGAAUCCUCUUCAGAUUUGGCCGUUACUUUGAGACGCUGCUACUGUGGCAGAGCAUCAUAAUGAUCGCCACUAUGCUGGCCAUGCUCAACCUGUGCACCAACGUCCGUGUGACCGCUGAACUCAACACUAAAAGACGGUCCUUUCUAGCCUCAGACAUUAAGGACGAGGACGUCCGAAUCCCUAAGAGGCUUUUUCUGGACUUUGACUGGAACUACUUCUGGUUGUGGAGCCGCUUCCUCGACUAUGUCCAGUGUGUGGCAGCCUUCACGCUGACUGCGGCGUACAUCACCUACGUCCUGCUAGACUCGGCCUUAUUCGUAGAGAUGCUUGGCUUCCUGGCUGUUUUCAGUGAGGCCAUGCUGGGAACACCACAGCUCUACUGCAACUAUCAGAACAAGUCUACAGAAGGCAUGAGUGUCAAGAUGGUUCUGAUGUGGACGGGUGGCGACACCUUCAAGACAGGCUACUUUCUGCUCACCCAAGCACCCGUGCAGUUCUGGACUUGUGGAAUGCUUCAGGUUCUGGUGGACUUAUCCAUCCUCUUCCAGGUUUUCUACUAUAGCUUCUACCCACAAAAGCCGGUGUCGCACACCACCUCCCAUACCACAAGUGCCAAAGCCCUUUGA